AUGAACGGCGUUCGUCGUGAACAGGGGCCAACUCCCACAGACGGCUCGAUAUACUCCGCUGAAGCUGUCCAGGAUGUUGCCGCAUCGAUAGGAUUGCCAAACCUGCCGGACGAGUUGCUUCAACGCCUAGCAAAGGACGUUGAAUAUCGCAUUCACCAAGUUGUCGAGGAAGCCGCCCGCUUUACGCGACAUGGUAAACGAACAACGAUGAACACGCAAGAUAUCGACCUCGCCCUUCAAUCUCUCAAUAUUGAGCCUUUAUAUGGACAUCUAUCACACAUGCCUACUGUUUUCCGUCGCGCAAAUCCCAAUCCGGCCGGCACAAAUUCCAAAGUGGCUGCACCAGUAUAUUUUGUAGAAGAUGAGGAAGUCGACUUUGACAAGGUCCUUCGAGACGAAAAGGUCACCCUCCCAAAGAUGGUAAACUGGCAUGCCCAUUGGCUCGCCGUCGAGGGCAUCCAACCGUUGACCGCAGACAACCCUCCACGACCUCCUUUAUCAGAACAAAAAGGCCGCAAGCAGUCACCACCUCGGUCUGUCCUGGCCCCGGUCGCACCUGCGAUGCAAGGUGCCGGGGCGAAUCGCAAGUACAAGCCAGUCAAACAUGUCCUCUCUCGCGAACUUCAAAUCUACUACUCUCGUCUCACCGCCGCUCUCCUCCCGCCUGCUUCUUCAAUUACAGACGAGGCUCAGCAGAAUGCUCGUCGCACGGCAGCAUUAGCAAGUCUGCAAUACGACGCUGGACUGCAAAACCUCCUGCCAUAUCUCGUCAGAUGGGUUGGGCAGAGUGUUGUAACGGCUAUCCGAAAUAUGGACGAGCGAGAGCGGGCAAGUAAAGCGGCCGACGCGACUGGCGAGACACUAGAGAUAUUGCUCAAGGUCAUCCAUGCUCUGAUUCAGAAUGAAAGGUUGUUCAUCGAGCCCUAUCUUCACCAAAUCUUGCCUCCUCUCCUCUCGAUCCUUUUGACUUCCUCCCUCCCAGCCAAUCCACCAACUCUAAGGCGAGACGCAUCGGAGAUCCUUGCAUUUAUAUCACUACAACACGGCACGACAUACCCAUCACUCUCUGAACGACUGACAAAAACAUUGCUACUGGCACUUCUCGCGCCAUCCAAGCAUCUCGAUGCUGCCGCAAUUACGACGUCUGCUAAUAAUGCAAUGAUGAUCGACAGUGAAGGCGCACCAACAGAGUCUGCGAUUACUGGCCCCGCUGCUAGUGGCGCGACGGACAAGUAUGAUUUCUUCGAGGGGCGUAUGCACGGUUCGAGUGGAUCUCGAGAGGGCGCUGUUCGUGGCCUUGCAAGUCUUAGUCCACAGGCGGUCGAGCGUGGGUUGAUUGAGAGCGCUGGUGCCAAAGUUAUCGGUGAAGAGGCCAUUCACGAUGAUGAUGGUGAAGUUCUUGCUGCAAUGGAUGCGCUCGCGACGCUGAGACCGAGGUCGAAGAAUCCUGUUCCUCUCGAUGAGUCAGAUACAGAGACGAGACGAGAAUUGGAAGAGGUGUUUGGACCUCGAUUCGCGCGGCUUCUUGGUCAAGAUGGAGUAUGGGCUAAAGCUUUACUCAAACGUCAUGUAGAAUAA